AUGAAUCGUACAGCUUUGGUAACUGGUUCAUCUCGAGGUAUCGGACGUGCAAUUGCUCUUCGUCUCGCGAAAGAUGGUUUCGAUGUUGCUCUUAAUGAUAUCGAAAGUAACCAUUCUGAUCUGGAAAAAGUUCGACAAGAAAUCGAAACAAUAGGUCGAAAGUCAAUUGCGAUUAUCGCUGAUGUGUCCAAAAGUGAAAAAGUCGAAGAAAUGAUGGAAGAAGUUGUUCAAAAACUUGGAAGUCUCGAUGUAGUCAUUGCAAAUGCAGGAAUUUGU